AUGCGCCGCCCCAGCGCGGUGCUCAGCGAACAGCACCACCAGCAAUACCGCCCCCACGGCGACGGAGGCUCCGUCUCCCCCAUCUCCACGGAGUCAGGCCAUGCUGGUGGUCUAGCAGGCGCAGGCGGCGGUCCCCUACCCAGCGAACCGAGCCUCACGAGCACGAUGCUGGGCCGCGCGCGCGACAACAAGGCCGCCCACAACGGCAAUGCCAACACCGCUACCGCUACCAACACGAACGCCAACACCAACACCAACACGGCCACGGCCGCGACGAGCACCAACAGCAACAGCAACAGCGGCAGUAGCAAACGCCAAUCGCUCUACCACCCCCCCGCCGCCGCUCGGGGCGCCGCCCCUCCCGAGAUCUACUGGUCCGAGGGCGCCACCCCGUCGGCAUCCAACCUCGAGGACCCGGACGACGGCGCCAGCGCGAAUCAUGCCGGCACCACGGGGCCUGGCGUUGCGCGCAGCGUCAGCCGCUCGCGGGUCGGGAGCUACACGUUCUAUCGGGAGCCGACGCCUGAGCCGCAGGAGAAGACGUGUGGCGGUGGCGGCGGCGGUGGGCGUACCCGUCCCGUGUCGGGGUUUGGGUUGGGCAUCAUGAGGAAUAAGAAUAUGCCUUUCGGCCGCAGUCGGAAGACGGGGGACGAGUAUGGUGAGCAUCACGACAAGGAGACGGGGAAUCCGUAUGGUGGUCGUUACGGGUAUGGAGGGACACCCUCAUCCGGAGGACAAGACGGGGUGGUCAAGGACGGUGGGAGCGGUUACGGGGACCCGGGAAGCAGCCGCACGGAGAGUGCAUCUUCUUGGACGAGCAUAACAACCGCCUCAAACACCGCACCCACCUCCUCCCCCACGGCCCCGGCAUCGACAAGCCCAGCAACCUUGACAUCCGCCUCGUCCGACCCGCCCUUCCCGACAACGACGAGCAGCGGCUCCCUCACCUGCCCGGAAUCGAACUACACGCUGUACUCGGUCCCCGGGUCGACGAUCCUCUUCCUGCGCCUCUGCGGUGUGGACUACAGCGACGCGGCAGCCGAGAACAUCCGCGACGUGCCGACGGAGAGCAUGGCGGAGUGCAUGCGCAACUGCGCCGGCACGUUCGGCUGCACCGGGUGCGGAUGGGGCCCGUUGGAUGUCGGGGCCGGGCCGCCGGAUUUCAGGACCCGUCGGAUGAUGAACAAAAUUCGGUAUGCAAGGGUAAAGGAACGGUUUUUGGAUAUAUAUGAUAAUAUCACCACUGAAGAAGGUCCCAACUCGUUCGUUAUCUUCAGGUUACAGAUCAUCCUCAUCGACAAGAAGAAUGGUCUCCUUGGCAAGAAGAGUAAUCUUCCGGACAGAAAGACCAAUCUUCUUGUCGAGGAGAACAUCUGGAAUCUGAAGAUGACAAAUCAAUUCAUAUCCAGCAUUAUGCCCUCCACCCAGAUUCCGGUUUUUGGUUCAUUUUGCAAGGCUGUCGGCGUGUAG